UCUUGGGUCUUCUCAUCUUCUUGCAAUUAAAGCAAGUAUAUUUAGGCCCCCCCUCCAUCAUCCUUCUUCACGGACAUGAAUGGAUUAAAUCAAGUUUUACAAACAGUAAGCUUGCCCCUUCCAUGACCUGCCUAUAGUUUAACAAUGAUAGCCUCCCUCCUUUCUAUAUAAAUACUUGUUUUAACGCCCCUACACAAAGAAGUUAAGGCUUCAAUUCAUGUAUAAAUAUUUUCCACAACCAACCAAAGGGCCACAGGAAUGCUCUUUGCCACCUAAAGCUGACGAAAUCUGUUCAUCUCUUCUUUCUCCUUUUUAGUUUCCUUAUAUUUUGGUGGAGCGAGAAGAUAUGGGAUUGAGAGAGAUAGAGUCUUCUCUUCCUCCAGGAUUCAGGUUUCAUCCAAGUGAUGAAGAGCUGGUGUGCCACUAUCUUUAUAAGAAGGUAAACAAUCAUAAGAUCGUUGAAGGAAAGAUGGUGGAGGUGGACCUGCACGCCAAGGAGCCAUGGGAGCUUCCAGAGAUGGCGAAGCUGAGUGAAAAUGAAUGGUACUUCUUCAGCUUUCGUGACCGCAAGUACGCUACAGGAUUGCGCACAAAUAGAGCCACAAAAUCGGGUUAUUGGAAGGCUACAGGGAAGGAUCGCAUGGUAUACAAUUCGAAGACGCAUAGAGUUGUUGGGAUGAGGAAGACAUUGGUAUUUUAUCAGGGACGAGCUCCUAAUGGCAUGAAGACAAAUUGGGUGAUGCAUGAGUUUAGAUUGGAGAAUCUUCAUACUCCUCCCAAGGAGGAUUGGGUGCUAUGUAGGGUUUUUCAUAAGAGGAAAGGGGAGCCAAUAAAAAUUGGGAAUAAGAAUAUUGUUGAACAAGAAAACAAUUUAUCUUCUGGCUCAUAUUUGGAGAUAUCUGCAAAUGAUCAUAUGGAACAGCUAGCCAAUGUAUCUGAUGGAUGCCAUGGAGAUAUGGGGUCAUCAAUCCCCCUUGUCCCUUACCAAGAAGGAAAUAGCCCAAACACCUUUCUUAAUUUUGCAGUUUUGCAAUAUAACUUCUUUGAUUUCCCACAUGAGAUAAUGAUGGGAAACACAGAUGUGAUUGGAAUUGAUUCAAGACAUGGUGGUGGAGGAGAUGAGAUUAGCUUUCUUUUGGAUGUGGGAUUAGAUGAAUAUGAACAUGCGAAUGGGGAAGGAGGAGGAGCUAAACUGAUGAGCAAUAUGGAAGCAAGCUUGAGAUGCCAUGAUGGGAAAGAUGGAAUGGUUUCAUUCUGAUUAACUUUGAUUUAAUUAAGAAAAGUUGAACUAUGUGUUGUAUACUUAUAUUUAAGAUUCAGAUGUAGAUAGAUUUGGAUUGGUGGAAGUAACUAUUUUAAUUUAAGAUUA